CGAAGGCGCUUUCCGCGGCGCUUUUGUGCGGACUGCCCGCUCCGAACUAGUUAAGGCGGACUAGGUACAUGUCUUUAAAGCCACAGCGACCCUUUUUUUAAAAAAAACCCAACGCCUCGCUCACAGUUUCAGGGCUUUAAAAGCCACUUUGCGAAUAUUUUCUCUUAAAAAAGCUGUGCAUGGCGGGCAGGAGACUGGCGGAAUGUGGGAGCGGGGAAUUGCACUUAGUUUGGCUGAACUUGGGGGAAAAGGAAGGGAAAUCGCAGCUCGGCGACGGGGAUAAACUGGCUGGAUCUGGCUCGGGUUUCCUCGGACUUGGUAAAAUGUUGGAAACGGUGCCAGCGAAGACUUUUAAGAACACCUAACUGCAAUUAAAAUGGAAAAAGUGGAUUCUUGAACUUUCGGUUAAAGAAUAAAUGAUGAGAUCGAAGCGGUCUCAUUUUUGGCAUGUUCGGCAUGCACAGAAGACCGUCAGGCUUGGAAGAGUUGAAACCAGAAGAGGAAGUUGAAUGGACUCGAUCAUCACUACAAAGCAGAUUUCUUUGGGAGGCUGAAGACAUGGACAGAAGAUAAAGUCCUGAAAGAAUAGUUACCAAAAGAUGACAUUGACUUGAACACUUUUUUUAUAAAUCUAGUCCAGUGUAAGAUACUCGUUGCAUCAGACCAGACACUCUGCAGCUUAGAAUAACAAUAUUAUACAUAUAAUAAUAAAAAACAAUCUGCGAUGCACAUUUUCCUGUCAUGUUAUUCAGUCUUUAUGUAAGAAGGAAAAAAAACUUAAGUACUACUACUUAUUUAUUUACUCAGCACAAGUUUUUGCUUUCAGCAUUUUUAUGACAUUAAUUAAAAUUUUUACACUUUUACCCUGUUGUACAAUGGGAUAUAUUUCAGUGAAGCAAUUUAACAGUACAGUGGUUAGCUUAGGGGUACAACAUCUUGGGAUUUAAGCGUGAUAUUUUGGUGUCAGUGUUGUAUCACUCUGGCUAAACAAGGUCAAAGGUCAUCUGUUUGUUGCUAUUAAAUAUGCCACAUGGUUUUUUUUUUAAGUUCACAGAAUGGUUCACAACAUGCUGUUUUUGGUGAUUAGGGAGCCAGACUGAUUGGCAAUAUAUUGCUGGUUCCAAUUGCAGGAGAAGCGAAUCUGUUGCACCCCAGAGACCGACUAUUUUACUGAGGAUUACAUCCAUGAAAAAAAAUGUUUAAUUCAGUCUUGUGUGAUUUCAGGUGGAGUUCGAUCAAAUCUGGGUGAUAUCACUGAAGCACUGAACUGUGAGCUGUUGAUGUUGCAGUAUUAUAUUUGAGCUUUAUGUUUGCAUCCACACCUGCCUCAAAAAGAGUCCCAUUAGACCCUUUCGAAGCUAUUUGCUUGUCCCCUGUACCUUUUCAUUUAUGCAUUUUAGGUGAAUGUCUUGAGUUAAAUAUGCAGACAGACAGGUGGAUAUUGGUUCACGAUACCCCUGAUCGCAGUGACAGCAGUGUCCUCCUUCUCCCCGGGGGCUGCCCCCCUCUCGUUUUGUAGGAAGGAAGAAGCAUGUCGCGUCUGUCUCUGACCCGGUCCCCAGUGUCACCUCUGGCUGCGCAGGGAAUCCCUCUCCCGGCUCAGCUGACCAAGGCAAAUGCGCCGGUUCACAUUGACGUGGGAGGACACAUGUAUACCAGCAGUUUGGCCACCCUCACCAAAUAUCCUGACUCCAGAAUCAGCCGCUUGUUUAACGGGACGGAGCCCAUCGUGCUGGACAGUCUGAAGCAGCAUUACUUCAUCGACCGGGACGGCGAGAUAUUUCGCUACAUCCUCAGCUUCCUGAGAACCUGCCGACUGCUCCUUCCGGACGACUUCAAGGACUUCCAGCUGCUGUAUGAGGAGGCGCGUUACUACCAGCUGACGCCCAUGAUCAAGGAGCUGGAUCGCUGGAAGCAGGAGCGCGAGCAGCGGCGGCUGGCCCCGCCCUGCGACUGCCUGGUGGUGCGCGUCACGCCCGACCUGGGCGAGCGCAUCGCGCUCAGCGGCGAGAAGGUGCUCAUCGAGGAGAUCUUCCCCGAGACGGGUGACGUCAUGUGCAACUCGGUCAACGCCGGCUGGAACCAGGACCCCACGCACGUCAUCCGCUUCCCGCUCAAUGGCUACUGCAGGCUCAACUCUGUGCAGGUCUUGGAGAGACUGUUCCAGAAGGGCUUCAGCGUGGCAGCGUCGUGUGGCGGCGGCGUCGAUUCCUCCCAGUUCAGCGAGUACGUGCUCUGCCGGGAGGACCGGCGCUGCCACACCAUCAACACACCCGUCAGGAUAAAGCAGGAGCCGCUGGACUAGAGCGUGCUGGGGGGCCAACCAGGCCCGCCUCUGGGGCAAACUCUCCUCCCACAGAACAAAGCCGACCUCCACGUUCGCCACCCCCCCCCCCCCAACCCCAUAUCCCCCCCUGCAAAAAAAAAAAAAAGCAAAAGAACGAACCGAACUCCAAGUAUUUGCAGACAUCAGCUUGCACGGCCGGCUCUGCGAAAGGCGGCACUUUGAGGAAAAUGUGACCCCAGCACCAGAAAAAUGUUUCCAUUUAGCCGGGAUGACAAAAAGAACGAGAGAGUGUGACGAAUGAACAAAAAAGGAAACGAGACGUCCUUUUGCCACAUCCCUGAACGUCUCUCCCAUCCUGUGACGCUCCGCCGGCGUCAGGUUCCCCCGCAGACCAUGUGACGGCGCCGCAUGUGACGGCGCCUUGGAGCCCCGACGUGUGACUCGGCCUCUCUGUCUCAGUGCCCAUGCAACAAAAUCGGCCAUUGCUGCAUUUAUUCCAUCCCGUCCCUGUUCUAUUGCCUUUUAAUUUAUGAGUUUAUGUUUUGUUGUGUUCCAUAUGAAGGAUUUCUGAGAGCAGUUUUCAGAAGUCGUUUGGUUUGAGAGAGCAUUGGCCGCCGGCGUGUGCGCGCUGUGGAAACGCUGUCAUGUCCGCAGGCUACACGGCUAAAGCACUCUGGCUGCUAAUGCAUUCAAAGCCAGGGAGGACCUCAUUGUUAGGGCCCAGCUGUAGGGUGUAGGUGCUGAGCUUUUGUAAUGGUGUUCCUAAGCCUUCUCCCCAAAAACACACAAUGCAUGUGCCGAGGCCGUGGCGAUGCAGCGCAUGCGAUUACCCCUCUCCCGUGAUCAUCCCCAGUGAGCUUCCGCCGUGUGCGGCAAGGAGAACGCUAACGUCGUGAUUCCGAGUCCCGGUGAAGAUUGGGUGAAUUAUGCGACGAUCCCUUGUAGCCUUUAGCAUAAAGCUACCAUGUCCGGGCUUCCGAUUCCCGGGGUUUAUUCCCGCCAUGUGGGAAUUGCGCCGUGAUGUAUCCGAUGCCGCCCACUCUGGCUAUGUGGCCUCUGUGAGGACAGGGUGAGUCCUCCUCCCCCCCAGCCCUCCGCUAAAGGGGAAAGUGGGUCCUAACGGAAUUUCAAAAUUUCAAACCCGCCUCCUUUCUCAGGUGUGCAAAGCUGAGACACUCUGAGCACCUAGAGACGUAGCAGUGAGCCACCAUGUCACUGUUUUUUGUUUUUCCCCGUGCAAAACUUACCAGCUUUCCAGGAGUAGACAGUAAUAUAUAUACAAAUGGGUUUGUAGCUCCGUCAAAAUAACCCUCCUCCCAAAAUGCCACGUGGCACAGUAUGAACACAGCAAAGAUAGCAUUCUGGAGUAUUCUUUUCUGCCCCAACGCUAAAUUAAUUAAAGGAGACAAAUGGCAAUUUAUUGUCAAACUUGUAACAUGUAUAAAAAAAAGACUUCUUUCCUUUGCCAAAAUGCUCAUCAAGUAGAAGCCUAAUUUGGGCAAUGGCAGAUUUUCUUUUCCUCUGUAUUUUUAGUAAAAAAAAAAAGAAAAAAACUGAAAAAUGUAAAAGACUUUUCAUGUGGUUGUCGUGUUUUGUUUUGUUUUAAUUAUGAAAGAAUCGCAAAGGGUCUUUAAAGUGGGAGCGAGUGUCGUUCCCCGUCCGGCUAACGUUACGCACGCAAGUCUGUCCAGGCACCGCAAAAGGGUCGCAAACAUUUUUCCCAUGCGCAUCGCUCUCUGGAACUUUAGAUCGACCCCAUGACAACCCCCCGGCAGUGGGGGGGCGGACUGCCAGCGUUUGGUGUUCCUGGAGGACCCGGGGACUCAGCGAUGCUUCUUCAUGCCCUGAGGCCUUCUGGCUUGCCUGAAAGAAGUGACUGUUGGUCCAUGACUGUCCCAUAUUUUCGUUUUUCCUUCAGCUCAACCUCUCUAUCCCAAGGUACAACACCCCCUCCUUCUAUACUCACUGCUUGUGAAAUCCUGAACCAGUCAACCCGCUGAGAUGUUGUACAGAAGCAGUCUUACAGGUUGGAGUUGCUAUGCUGCCCCACUGGCACCAUUCCUGGAUUUUCCUGGUCAUUUGGAACAAGAACGUAAUCAAGGUGGUUUGUGCCAUGUAGUCUGAAGACUAGUGAUUUGUAAAGUUAUUUGUAUAUUGAAUUGACUUGAGUUUUAAAUGUUUGCUUUUUAUCAAAUAAGGGGAAAAAAACUCAAGAUCCUCCAAGUCCAAUGUUAAGUUUCCUGGAAAAGAAAAAAAAUGAUCAGGAAUUAAAAUUUGCAAGCAAUAUGUUCUGUACAUAGGGAUUUUUUGUUUCAAAAUAAAGACGAACAAGGUAUUUCAAAACGUAUACCUAGGUGCAGAUGUAUAUUAUUUAAACAAAAUGUUUUAAUAAUUGGACUACAGUAUUAAAGGGAAUGUGUUUAUCUACAGUGUCUCCAUUUUUUGAUUUUAUUAGCAUACAUGCGUUAAUAAAAGGAUGUACUGUUUAAGUAUUA